AUGGCGUCUCAGCUCUCUCAGGUGAGCCAGUGGUAUGAGCUGGUGGUGUUCACGGCCAGCAUGGAGAUCUACGGCUCCGCGGUGGCCAAGCUGGACAACAACAGGAGUAUCCUCAAGAGAAGGUAUUACCGGCAGCACUGCACUUUGGAGCUGGGCAGCUACAUCAAGGACCUGUCGGUGGUGCACAGUGACCUGUCGAGUGUCGUCAUCCUGGACAACUCGCCGGGCGCCUACCGGAGCCAUCCAGACAACGCCAUCCCCAUCAAGUCGUGGUUCAGCGACCCCAGCGACACGGCCCUGCUCAACCUGCUGCCCAUGCUGGACGCCCUGAGGUUCACAGCGGACGUGCGGUCGGUGCUGAUCCGGAACCUCCAUCAGCACUGCCUCUGGUGAUGUCAGCACCUCCUUUCUUCA